ACAAGUAUAAAAGAAGGAUUACUACUGAAGCAAACGAGUUCUUUUCAGAGGUGGAAAAAGCGUUAUUUCAAACUUCGAGGUCGUACCCUUUACUAUGCUAAGGAUUCAAAGUCUCUGAUAUUUGAUGAAGUUGACCUGUCAGAUGCCAGCGUAGCUGAAUCAAGCACAAAAAAUGUCAACAACAGCUUCACGAUAAUCACUCCAUUUAGGAGGCUAAUAUUGUGUGCUGAGAACAGAAAAGAAAUGGAGGACUGGAUAAGCUCUCUGAAGUCCGUUCAGUCCAGAGAACACUAUGAGACCGCACAGUUUAAUGUGGAACAUUUCUCAGGGAUGCAUAACUGGUACGCCUGCUCCCACGCCCGACCCACCUUCUGUAAUGUGUGUAGAGAGAGCCUCUCUGGAGUCACAUCUCAUGGCCUGUCUUGUGAAGUGUGUAAGUUUAAAGCACAUAAAAGAUGUGCUGUCCGAGCAACAAAUAACUGCAAAUGGACUACAUUAGCCUCAAUUGGAAAAGACAUCAUUGAAGAUGAAGAUGGUAUAGCUAUGCCUCACCAGUGGUUAGAGGGUAAUCUGCCUGUUAGUGCCAAAUGUGCAGUCUGCGACAAGACUUGUGGCAGUGUUUUACGCCUGCAAGACUGGAAGUGCCUUUGGUGUAAAGCUAUGGUUCACACUGCCUGUAAAGAUCAGUAUCCUCGUAAAUGUCCACUUGGCCAGUGUAAGGUAUCGAUCAUACCUCCAACAGCACUAAACAGUAUAGAUUCUGAUGGUUUCUGGAAAGCCACAUGCCCGCCAUCCUGUGCCAGUCCUCUUUUAGUUUUUGUUAACUCAAAGAGUGGAGACAAUCAGGGAGUAAAGUUUCUUCGUCGAUUCAAACAGUCGUUAAAUCCAGCUCAGGUGUUCGAUUUAAUGAAUGGAGGACCUCACUUAGGUUUGCGGUUAUUUCAGAAGUUUGACAACUUCAGGAUUCUUGUGUGUGGUGGCGAUGGAAGUGUGGGUUGGGUCUUGUCAGAAAUUGAUAAGCUCAGCUUGCACAAACAGUGUCAGUUAGGAGUGUUACCCCUUGGUACUGGAAAUGACCUUGCUCGUGUCCUUGGUUGGGGCGGAUCCUGUGAUGAUGACACACAACUUCCUCAGAUUUUGGAGAAACUAGAACGAGCCAGCACAAAAAUGUUAGACAGGUGGAGUAUAAUGUCAUAUGAACUGAAAUUACCAGCAAAGUCUUCUAUUCUUCCAGUGACUGCAGAAGAGUCAGAGGAAUGCCAG